UGCAACCGUUGUAAGUUGAAGAACGGUUGUAAGUCCCUUUUUUUCAGUGCCGUUAUAACUCUGGGCGGCCACUGCAGGAGGUGGUUGUAAGUCAAGGACUAACUGAACAGAUGCCGUGGGUUGAGCGGCUGUGAGAAUCUGCCUCUCUCUCAGACAGGAAGAUCUCAAGGAGAGGGACCCCUGCCCCAGCGCCAUGGAUGUGGAGCCUGCUGGGAAGAGGGGAGAAGCCCAGGGAAGCCCUCCAGAGGAGCCGGCCUGUGAACUCCCCGAUGGGCAGAAGCUGGACCACUCCAUGUUUCUCGAACUGCAGGCAGCCUUCGAGGAGGAACUGAAGAGCCGGGAGAUGUUGUGCCAAGAGCUCGGCGUGGUCAAGGUGGCCAACCAGACUUUGGCCAGCCAGCUGAAAGACGCCGAGAGCCGAAAUGUGGAACUGGAAACUCAGAUCAAACGCUUGAAGGAGCAGAUCGAAGGCAUGAAAGCAGCAUCCGAGGAGGGCAAGUCCGGUCUUUCCUUCCCUGUAGACCCUCCCCCCAUUCCCUGCCCUGAGCAGCUCUGCCUCACCAACUCCCCGGGGUGGACUUGGGGCGCUCCCAAACGUACAGGGAGUCCUUGACUGAUGGGCUUAGUGACCGUUCGGAGUUACAACAGCACUGGAGAGGCUUACGACUGGUUUUCUCACUUAUGGCCAAAUUUAAAAUGCUUGGCGACUGGCACGUAUGUAUGACCGUUGCACUUUCCCGGGGUCCUGUGCUCAUCGUUUCUGAGCGACGGGGUGGCCUAGGGGUGAAGCUAAUUGCCUCCCGUUCGGAAGGUUUGAGAGUUCAAGCCUAGGUAGC